AUGUCAUACCGCAACACUGAUGUUGCUAACCCUCAGGACCAAGUAUAUCCUCAACAACAAGCAGCUCGAUCGAGUCAGGUGCCACAACAUGGGUAUGGUCAAAAGAACAAUUACCAAGGACCACAAGGCACUUUCCCUGGACAACAAAUGAAUAUCCCACCAGGCUUCCCCCACCAACCGCCCCAGCCUGCACCUUCACAAGAGAAUGAGCUCAAGGCAAUGCUAAAGCAACUACUUCAAGGGCAAGCUGAUGGGGUAGUGGACACAAGCAAGAAGCUAGCUGAAAUAAACUCUAAGAUCGAGAACCUCAACACAAGGGUUUACUCUCUGGAGAAUCAUGCUUCUUCUGUUGCUGCUGCUACAAAGCAAGGACAACUACCUGGUAAAGCUAUUCAGAACCCCAAGGAACAGUGCAAGGUCAUCUUCACUCAAGAAGGACUUGUUGAAGAAGAGGAUCAAGAAAGGGUCAUUGAAGAUUUUUGUUUACUGCUGAAUGAUGAAGAGAUUGUUGCUGCUGAGGCUCCUGGAGUCCAGAUUGAUCAACCAGAAGUGCAUGCACCUACUGUGGCCAUUCACACUUCACCAGUUGAGCUCGCACGACAAGCUCGAUCGGCAGCUCGAUCGAGUCCAACUCUAGCUCGAUCGAGUCCGACCUCUUCUGUCCGACAGCCUGUUUUGCUUGAUCCUUACAACCGGUUGCCGCUUCCUCGUCUCGCCUACUUAGUCAAGGUCACAAGGAAGUGA